AUGCUGAGUGAAAAUGGUUCCGCCCUCAGCAGUCCAUUUUCCAAUUCUUUAAACCUUUUCCCCGCAACCCAGACCCGACGAGGAGUUUUUGCGCUAAAACAGCAGGGCUUCCUUCCAAUCCAUUUCAAAGCUAAUGCCGGCAAACGGUUAGCGGCUUUCCGUUGUCGCAGAAAACAAUCGAGCAAACGCUUCAUUGCAGCUCCUUGCAUUCUCAUCGCCGGCAUCACUGUUUCACUACUUUUUAACCUUCAACGCUUCCACGUUUUGGUUCAAAUUUCUCCUACACGACGAACAUCCGCACGUCAGCAACUGAAGACCCCUAAUACCGUUAACGUUACACAUGCAGAACAGGCGACUGCGGAGGAGCACAUAAUAACUCCGGUUACAGAUGAUCAUAUAGCGUCUACUUCAAACUCUGCUUUGCACUCUUCUGCGUACCGUGACGAUGACCAACCCGACAGCUCUGCAAAGGCUGCAAAAACACCCAGGCGAGGCAACCUUAGCAGGCGUUCUAAAAAAGCCUCACCGGCUAAGAGGAAACGGGAGCAGGAUUCCAUUGAGUGCGCCUCCUUGGGGGAGAAGCGGCUGGCAUCUACGUCAAACACUGAUUUGCACUCUUCUGAGUGCCGUGGCGAUGACCGACCCGGCAGCGUUUCUAAGCGUGCCAAAAUACCAUGGCGAGGCAACCUUAACAGGCGUUCUAAAAGAACCUCUGCGGCAAAGAGAAAGCGGGAGGAGGAAACCGAGGUAGAGGUCCAUUUGAGGCUUUCCAGUCAAUCUCAACGGAGGCAGUAUAUUUUGUCACAUGAAACGCUUGGUGAGCGUAACAACCGUUUGUACUGCAAAUCAGUUCGUUGA